AUGGGUUUUGUGAGUACAGUACUAGGUUUUUGUGGAUUUGGAGUUGGCAUUUUAACCGGGAUCACUCUUGGGUACUACUACUACAUCUACUUCCAAUCCAGCGAUGUCAAGGAUCCCACUAUCCGUCCGUUGGUUGAGCAAGAGAAUGAAAGUUUGCAGCGAUCACUUCACGAAAUCCCCUUUUGGAUUAAAAAUCCAGAUUUUGAUCGCAUUGACUGGCUCAACAAGUUCCUUCAACUCAUGUGGCCUUACUUGGACAAGGCAAUAUGCAAGACGGCAAAAAAUAUUGUGACACCCAUUAUUGCUGAGCAAAUUCCUAAAUAUAAAAUUGAAUCUGUGGAAUUUGAAGUACUAACUCUGGGAUCAUUGCCACCAACUUGUCAAGGUAUGAAGGUCUAUGUUACUGAAGAAAAAGAGUUGAUUAUGGAGCCAUUUCUGAAAUGGGCAGGGAAUCCUAAUGUCACAAUUGCUGUCAAAGCAUUCGGACUGAAAGCAACUGUUCAGGUUGUGGAUUUGCAAGUCUUUGGGCUGCCACGUAUAACCCUGAAGACACUUGUUCCAAGCUUUCCAUGUUUUGCCAAAAUUGUCAUCUCUCUCAUGCAGAAGCCACACAUAGACUUUGGGCUUAAGCUUGUUGGGGCUGAUCUCAUGUCAAUUCCUGGCCUGUACAGGUUCAUACAGGAGAUGAUAAAAGAUCAAGUUGCUAAUAUGUAUUUGUGGCCUAAAACCCUUGAAGUACAAAUUCUGGAGCCAACUACAGCUAUGAAGAAGCCUGUUGGGAUUCUUCAUGUGAAUGUUCUGAAGGCAAUGAAGCUGAGUAAGAAAGAUAUGUUGGGUGCAUCAGAUCCAUAUGUCAAACUGAAACUCACUGAAUCGAAGGCUCCAUCAAAGAAGACUACAGUGAGGCACAAGAAUUUAAAUCCCGAGUGGAAUGAGGAAUUUAGUAUGGCUAUCAAAGAUCCAGAAACGCAAGCUUUAGAGAUUUAUGUUUAUGACUGGGAGCAGAUUGGAAAACAUGAUAAGAUGGGAAUGAAUGUAGUUCCUCUGAAAGAACUUACCCCCGAUGAACCAAAACUUAUUACAUUGGAUGUUCUCAAGAACAUGAAUCCAAAUGAUGCUCGAAAUGAUAAGUUGCGUGGGCAGAUUGUGGUGGAGUUAACAUACAGACCUUUCAAGGGGGACGAUUUGCCAAAAGAUGUUGACAAUUCUGGUGCAAUGCAAAAGGCUCCCGAAAGCACACCUCCUGGUGGAGGGGUACUAGUUGUUACAAUUCAUGAAGCUCAAGACGUUGAAGGAAAGCACCACAACAAUCCAUACGCGCGAAUCCUUUUCAAAGGGGAGGAGCAAAAAACUAAGCAAGUAAAGAAGAACAGAGAUCCCAGAUGGGAAGAGGGGUUCACAUUCAUGUUGGACGAACCUCCUUCAAAUGAUAAGCUACACGUGGAGGUACUCAGCACCUCGACAAGAACUGGUCUGCUGCAUCCCAAGGAAAAGUUGGGGUAUGUCGAUAUCAGUCUUGCAGAUGUCGUCAGCAACAAAAGGAUCAACGAGAAGUACAAUCUUGUAGAUUCAAAGAAUGGACAAAUUCAAAUCGAGAUGCAAUGGCAAACACCUUCUUGA